AUCUGGCAGAUAGAAUGGAAUGUAUUUUGUAUUCGUAUCCGUAUCGAUUUACUUGAGAAUUUGUGCAUAAGUGUAAAAUACGCCCAGUUUAAAGUAAUUUAUUGUAUUCUAAAAGACAUUCAAGUUUUAAAUAUGAGUAAUACAGGGGAGCAACUAACUUUAGCGAAAGACAUCAAAAGAGCCAUAGAACUGUUGGAAAAACUUCAACAAAGUGGCGAAGUACCAGCUACGAAAUUAGCAGCAUUACAGAAAGUGUUACAAAGUGAUUUCUUAAAUGCUGUUAGAGAAGUCUAUGAGCAUGUGUAUGAAACAGUAGAUAUUCAGGGAUCCGCUGAUAUUCGGGCGUCAGCAACAGCCAAGGCGACGGUGGCAGCCUUCGCCGCAGCAGAAGGCCACGCUCAUCCUCGUGUUGUUGAGUUGCCUAAAACGGAAGAGGGACUCGGUUUCAACGUAAUGGGUGGGAAAGAACAAAACUCUCCUAUAUACAUUUCAAGAAUUAUACCAGGAGGUGUUGCAGAUCGCCACGGUGGCUUGAAGAGGGGUGACCAGUUACUCUCUGUCAACGGUGUGUCAGUAGAGGGGGAGAAUCAUGAGAAAGCUGUUGAGUUACUGAAACAAGCUGUUGGAUCUGUAAAACUUGUGGUCCGCUACACACCAAAGGUACUAGAAGAAAUGGAAAUGAGGUUUGACAAACAGAGAACUGUUCGUCGGCGUCAAAACUAUAAUUAAGUAGAUGUUCCAAAUUUGUAGAACUACAUAAUUUGUAUUAAUAAUGUACACAAAUUGUAUUAGUUAUGUUUAUGCACUAAAUUUACUGCCUGUAGCAAACGCUAUUAUAAUAUUAAAAAUAAAAGAUGUAUAAGUCAUAAUUUUUUAAUAUGUAUAAUAAUAAAAUGUAUUGUACCCUGAAAAUUAAUUUAAGUAUGGUAUUGAGUCUUAAGUGUUAUAAACUUAUCCUCAUAUUUAUAACACUAGAGGUAAUAAAAUAUGAGACUAAAAUAUGGAUAGAUGAGUAUAGAAUGAAAUUUUUGAAUAACUUAAAAGAUAAAAAUAAGUGGAUAUGAUUUCAAUUGAUAAUUUUGUAAAUAGUAGUUUUAUUGUGACACAGCAUCAGUAUUUAAGUUAUGCACUUACUAAAUAACAUUGAUAUUAUUCAUAAACUUAAUCCUUAGUUGUACAUUAGACAAAAUUACUAUGUAUUACUUGUUUAUUAUUGGUAUUAGAGUUAUUAAAUAAAUGUAUGAAAUGUUAAAA